GGUUGAGUUGUGGUUGUCAUUUUUUGUGCAGAGAAUGCGAUGACGGUAAAGUGCAGUACUAUAAUAAAGUAAAUAAAUACAAAAUGACAUAUAUGACCUCGAAUGAGAGUAAAAGUAAAACCCAGAGCUCAGAACAAAAGUCAUUUUAACAUUCCCCAGGUCCAAUGCCCUCUGAAGAUUCGCUACCCAUUUUCUUUCCUUGUCAAAGGUAAACGAUCGGUUCCCGCCAAAAAGCUUCUGACCCCUCCCAUAUAUAAAACAGUGCACCUUUUACUGCCCCAUACUCUACCACAGAGAGAGAGAGAGAGAGAUGAGGGGGACAUCCAAGGUGAUUAUGGGGGCAACCUUGGUAAUGGUAGUGAGCCUUGCCAUAGUGGUAGGCCUAAUCUUGGUGCUACUAGCUGAGCUCUACUGUUCUCUCUUACUCCGCCGGCGUCAGCUCAGAGACACCAACUCUGAAACCGCCACCACCACUACUGCCAUUGCCACUGUCCCCACAACCACCAGCACUCCCUCUUCAGAGCCCUCACAGCCCCAAAACCAGUCAUCUCCUCCACCUCUCCGUAGCUUCUAUGCCCAAGGGGUUCUCCAUGCCCCAAGAAGCCUCCUCUUCCCUGCAUUCUCUACCACAGAAGACAAUGCAGAAUCAAAGAAGCAGCAUUCCAAGCUUCAUCAUAUCAUUGAUGUACUCCAAACCCAAGAGACCAACACAAGCCCUCGUCAAAUUGGACUAUUAUCUGCUUCUUCUUCCCCACCAACUCCUUUCAUUCAUAUAACCACACCAAAGCCAAUUCAAGAAGUCCAUAUUCAAGGUGGUGGUGGUGGUGGUGACACUACUUGUAAUGACAAAGCUUGUAAUGACAAAGCUGGUGGUUCUGGGGAGCAUUUUAUGUACAUUUCUAACCCCAUAUAUGACAAUGAUGCUAGGCCAAGCAGCGUGGAUACACCAUUUGAAACACCAGACACAUCGCCUUCACGGUUAGAAAUGAGUGGUUCUUCAGGUGAUGAUGAGGUUGCUCAGACAUCUCCAUGUAGUCCCUCAAGCCCUACCACACCUCCUUUGACUCCAAUGAAGAAGCUCCCAGCUGAAGCUUGCUCUGUCUCCUUUAAAAAUGCCAGAUCUUUAGGUACUUCAGGUAGUGAGUCUAAUAGUAACAAUGGCCAUUCUUCAUCAUCAUCAGGUUCUCCUUGUACCUCUCCUUCAUGGUGAUGCAUUGUCAAAGGCAUAACCAGGCUGGGGAGCUUUGUUUUUUCUUUUUUUUAGCUUUUUUGUUAACCUUGAAAUUUGGGUUUGAUGUGAAUAUAGUAAUGGAAAUGGAAGUUGGUAGCAGAGAAAAAGACACAGUAGAGGGUAAGAAAGAAACUUUUUCUCUGCAUGCGUGGCCACGGCUUGUUCACCCAAGGCAAGCCACGCCAAGGCCAUCUAAUUUUCUUCAUCUUUCUUUUUCCACCAGUACGUACGUUGCAGAAAUGCUUUUUUGUUUUCAUUUGCUUGUGUGGGUGUUUUUGGAAAGUUGUUUCUGUUCAUAUCUACUGGUGUAGUUGAAAAGAAACCAUUGUUUUUCUUCUGGGAGUAUGAGAAACUGAGAAUGCAUGUGAACUGUGAUGAGAUGGACUAAUGGGCAAAGAAAGAGGGAUGAAAAAGAUUAAAAAAAUUACUGAGUGACCUUGGGUGUUGAUUUCAAUGCAUUGAACCUAAAAAACAAACGAAAUCUGUCACCCGCGAGGUCUUUUGUCCACUUUUGAUAAGGACGAGUCGUGUUGGUUUUGCUGAGCCCUAUGACCAUAAGCUUUGAGACAAGGCAAGAAGCUUCAGUUUCUGCACUGACUGAAUUUAUGAAAGUAUUAAAAAAAGUUACUUAGU